GCAAAACAAAGGCGGCUUUGCCCUCGAUUGCACUCGCGUUAGAGGAGCGCCAAAGCGCGAGUCAGUCCGGCGCGAGGAGGAGAGCCGAAUGGAAACAUUCGGGCGGCCAAGGGAAGGUCCGAAGUGAAAUCGAAAGUUGAGCGAACUCCGAGGGAACUUUCGCCCUCCGAGCCGCGUCGCCGCCUUGACCCUGCGAAAGGUCGACGGGCGAGGAGGAGGAGGAGGACUAGGCUUGCUCCGCUCGGCUUGCUGUGCCAGACGUGUGAACUGCACCUCGUCUCCGGGGGGGGGGGCGAAGUUGGGAGGGGGCGAAGGGGCUCUAUCUCGAAGCAGCCAGCCAGCGCUCUGACUGAAUCAACUGGGAGGCGAUGGGCGGCUGAGGUGGACGCGCCGGGGGAGGCGAAGCGGCCGCGGAGCUGGGAAGCACGCCUUAGAUCCGAAGGGGAGAGAGAGAGGAAAGAUACACAGAGACACGCGCGGCGGGUUCCCACCCACCCCUUCAGGGAAAGAGAAGCACGAGGAGCCCGCAGUCAUCGCUGCCCUGAAGGAAAGUGUUUUUGUUUUGUCUGCUCUGCCCCCGCCCCGAAAAGAAAGGUCAUGUGGGCACCAAGCUUGUAGAAAUAUCACCAUUAUUAUUAUUAUUACCCUCGCGCCUCCGGAGAAGAUGGAUUUCCUAGGCGGAGUCAUGCAGCAUAAAAGCAUAACGCUGAUCGUAUUCCUGGAGUAUAUUAUUUCUGGCCAUCCUGGAGCAGAUUCAGCGAAGCUACGAGCCUUCCGAUGCGACGGGCACUCCUGCAAUCCUGCCGUGGGGAACCUUGCGACUGGAAGAACGCCAGUCACGCUUACCACCUGCGGUCAGAACAGCACAGAACUUUACUGCUUUUACCCAGACCACCAUCUUCUCCACCACGGCCCCCAAGGGUGUGGACAGCCCAGGUGCACCAAGUGUAACGCCAACCAGCCUGAUAACUCUCACCUUCCUUCCGCUAUGACGGACGACUUCUUCCUAAACCCUGCCUCCUGGUGGCAAUCUGCGCAAGGGGUGCACAGGGAGGAGAUCCGGCUGGAUUUGGAGACGGAGUUCUACCUGACGCAUGUCAUAGUGGUGUUCAAGUCGCCUCGCCCAGCGGCCAUGGUGCUGGAGAGGUCGCAGGACUAUGGGCAGACGUGGAGGCCGUACAAAUAUUUCUCUGCCAACUGCACGGCCACUUUUGGGCUCCCAGACGAUACCACCCAGGAAGGGUCUCUCUGUACCUCCAGGUAUUCUGACGUGAUGCCUUGCACUAGAGGAGAGGUGAUCUUUCGUGCCUUAACUCCUGCUAACAAGAUUGAAGACCCAUACGGUCCUGAAGCACAAGACCUCAUGAAACUCACCAAUCUGAGGCUCCUCUUAUUAAAGAGACAAGAGUGUCCUUGCCAAGGCUCAGGGCUGCUGGAGAAGCCCCACAGAUUCUCCCAUUAUGCCAUCUAUGACCUAAUUGUCCGAGGCAGCUGCUUUUGCAAUGGCCAUGCGGAAGAAUGUCAACUUGCCAAUGGGACAGUUGUUGUGGACAACAUGGUCCAUGGGAAGUGCAUGUGCAGACAUAACACUGCAGGACAGCAUUGUGAGAGGUGCGCGCCAUUGUACAAUGACCAGCCAUGGGAGCCAGGCGAUGGAAAAACGGGGACACCAAAUGAAUGCAGAAAGUGUCGCUGUCACAGUCAUGCUGAGAGCUGCCAUUUUGACCUGAGCGUCUGGUUGGCAUCAGGAAAGCAGAGUGGAGGUGUCUGUGACAACUGCAAGCACAACACAGAGGGCUACCGGUGUCAAAGGUGCAAGCCUGGUUUUUACAGAGACAAAGGGAAACCCAUGUCUUCGCCGGAGAUUUGCAAACCUUGCUCCUGCCACCUCAUGGGCUCAGUGAACACGACGUUCAACCAGAGCUGGAGAUGCCACCCAAAGACAGGAUUCUGCUUCUGCAAACCAGGCGUUGCAGGCCCCAAAUGCGACCGGUGCCUCUUGGGCUAUUGGGGAUUUGGAGAGAAUGGCUGCCAGCCUUGUGACUGUGCCAGAGACUGUGACAAGCACACUGGAGAAUGCCUCAGCAAUUACGACAACCAGGCUUUUUUCAAUAUUCCCAUUGGUGGAAGAAUCCCUGACCUUAUUCAAACACCAGCCAAUGAGACUGAAGAUGAGUGGCAGUGGAAUGACCACGAACAAGGGUUUUCUGCACUAAGACAUCCAGAAAAGUGUGUCUGCAAAGAAAGGAUACUAGGAAGCGUCACCAAUUUCUGCCAGAUGAAAUAUGCUUACGUAAUAAAAGCAAAGAUCCUCUCUGCUCAUGACAAAGGAACCCAUGCAGAAGUCAUUGUGAAGGUCAAGAAGGUUCUGAAAUCGGGAAGAGUGAAAAUCACGAGGAGUAACAGAAGCAUCUAUCCUGAGUCUUGGACCAACAGAGGGUGCACAUGCCCGAUUCUUAAUCCUGGUGUAGACUAUCUGAUAGCAGGACAGGAAGACAUACGGACUAACAAACUUCUCGUGAACAUGAACAGCCUGGUGAAGCCCUGGAAAGCUCACUGGGGGAAACUAGUCGCAGACAUGCUUCGAACUGGAUGCAAAUAAUACCUUCUUUCAAAGCAAAAGCCACAGACUUUGCAUAUGUUAGUAAUAUUGCAGUGAAAGGCCUAAGUAGUUCUCUUGUUGUCUAUCAGAACAUUCCUAAGGGGAAUUUAAAAACAGAAUCUCUCUCUCCCCACCCCCGUCAUAUUUUGUGUUUUAGGGAGGCAUCUUGUGCCUUGAGUUCUUUCUUCCAAGAAUCAAAGGACAAUGACAAAGGACAACGACAAACAAUCCCAGCCCACACAGACUUGGGAACCUCAACCCUUAACUUUGUUUGCCUAGGAAUCACAGCUUAUAGCUUGCCCACAUCGUUUAUCCAGAGCUAAGCCCCACCCCCCAAACCAGUGUCAAGAUAACAAAAUGCAUCGCACGUUGAUGCUUUCAAGUCCCAUCCUGAUACUACUAACGCGUAAACUUACAGCUGCUUCACUAAAGCAUUUGUUUCAGGGUGGGUGGGUUGCUUUUUUGAAGCAACCAUAAAGGAUGAGCAAACAACUUUGUCGAGCUUUGGAGCGACAACAUGCUCAACGGUUGGCCUGUCACAUGACUCCCGCUUUAUUCGGCAAUCUUUUCAGCUCACUAAGCAAGCUACAGUUAGAAUAACAUAUGCAGCCUUUGGGGGUCCUUAAAGAGUGUGUACGUGCGCCCUCAGAAUUUGCACUGGGAUGGAAAGAUUCUGUAGAUUUAUGUUGUCUGUGUCCGAACUUUGCCACCAGAGAAGCAAACAGGCAGAGCCUGUGAGAUGGUAGAAGAGGCUAAACGCCUUCUCAGGACUUAGCCCCUUGGGGGAUUCUGGGAAGUGUUUGCACUGCAUACGGCGGGGCAUGGCUGGGGUCUGAUCCUGCAGGCAGGAGUCUCAAUGGACUUCACCUUAUUUCUUUCACAGAGCUUCUGGGGGAAGUGGUAGGUGGGGAGAGUUGGAUUAGAGAUUACAAGGACUGAUGAGUGGAGAGUUGGAUUAACAUCAUUUGCCUUCUCUAGGGCUGUUCUCUCAAUACGUGCACCAAAUCAACAAUAGUCCUGGCUUUAACUUUGAGCCCACCUGCUCUCAUCAAAGGUCUUCUCCCAGCUUGCCCUCCCCCCGGCAUCCAUUGCACCACGCAAAUUUCAGGAGGAUUGCUGCUAAGAAGGGCUUGUGCAGCACCGUUGAUUCCUUUGUGAGAGAAGAAUGCAGCCCACAGUUUCUGCAUGCAAGUAGUGAAAGAAGUCCUGGAAGUUGAUUUGGUUUGGCGUUGGUAAAUUCACCAAACCACCGCCGAAGAGGUUGCAGGGCCACUAGUGAGACAUACAUUCAAGGAAACAUCGGCUACCUCUGGGAACAGCCAUGUGGUUAUUCUGACCUGCUCUUUCCAAGAUAAUAUUUGAGUCUCAAGUGCUGUCCUGCUAAUAGUUCAUGUAAAAACUGUUGGGGUUAUAGCUGCCAGCAACCACUUGCCUGCGGCAAUUACGUUCCAUUUAAGAGCAGGGCUUCUCAAAGAGCUCUCUUCUCUAAUAUGAAACAAAGAUGGUCAACUAGU